AUUCCUGCGCCUUUUAAUAUUUAGUUUGAUAUGAACAAUGGCUCGUCCAUCAAAAAGACUGGCCAUGCUUCUUUGCCUGAUUGUUCUUCAUCAAGACUUUAUUCAGGCUCGUUCCAGCUACAAUGAGCAUCUCUUGAUGUCUGCUCGAAUGAUACAUGAAGACAUGGAUGACGAUGUUAAAGAAUUUGGAAACGCUAUCCAAGAAGUCGAGGCCAAACACAACAUCACUCUCAGGACAGGAAUUGGUAGACCGCUGAUCAGAGGGAAAAGAUUUUUUGGUCUUUUCAUAUUCAUCGUCAGUCUGAUAGUGACUGUGGUAGCCACAGUGGUCGAGACAGUUUACGACAUCGCAGGAUGCUGUGGUCUUAGCUUUCAUUAUCUUUGUGGAUUUGAGUCAGAAUUCAAUAGACGGAAGAACGAGGUGGAAAGACGAGCUGGUGAAGUGGAUAAAAGGCUAGAGCAAGCCAUAAAGAGAAAAGAUUCAUUGAUAGGCUUGGGGAAGACAAUCGAAAACUUUUGGGCGGGCAUUGCUCGUUUAGUGAAACUUGAAGAAGACCUUCUCACUUCUACGGAUGCAACAAUAAAGGAAAUUGUCCUAUUAAAGCAAAAGCAAACAACGGACCGUAUCAGAGAAGGCUCUGGCACGCUAGAUGAGGCAGAUUUUGAUGUAGCGUUUGCUAAAAUAGGUGAAGUAGAGCAAGCUAUAAAAUUAGCCACAUCAUGGGGACUUCUGGCGAUUGAUGGUGUAAGCGGAAUUUCUGGUAAAGCGUUCAAAGCAUACAAAGUUAAUAAGGCUUACAAGGCAAUGAAGUCAACUCAAUUAGAAAAACUUCUCAAAGCUGCACCAAAAGCUCAAAAGCUUCUCGGAUACACAGACGAUGGAGCAAAACUGUUUCUCAAGGCCACUGCCAUCGCAAAGUUCGCUGGUAAAGCUAAAACAGCAAUGAAAGCAUUAAAAGUUUUCAAGGUUGCAGGAACAGUUCUGUCAUUAGUAGGCAUUGCUUUCGACAUUUUCACCAUCGUCAACACAUUUGUCCAAUGCGCAGACAAAGUAAAGAAAGCAAAGGAAUCUAACGCUAGACUUAAAGAAGCUGAAGACGAAGUUAAAAAGAUGGAAGAUAGUGUGGCACGUUUUGAGAACUCACUGCGAAUUGAGUUAGAAGCUCACAUACAAAAGGAGAUCAAAGAAAAGGAUAUGUUAAACGCCUUGGGACAUAUUAAAGAAACGAUCCAAUGUAAUCCUCCUCCGAAUAAUCAGCAGCCGCCGAGGACCUGGACAGCAAAAUGCAUCCGAAUAAUUCCAGAAUACAUCAACUUGUUUAAAACUAGCAAGAAUUGGAAGGACCUGGGGAACAAAAUGAAGGAGCUUAUUGAUGAUUGUCUUUCAAAACAGGAAUAUGUUUAUGAAUGCUUAAUAGCAAGAAAUAAGAUGAACGACAGAAUCAGAAGAGGUUGUCAAAAUGGAGCCAAGACAUUCGAUCAGCUUUACGCCGAUGCACAAACUUCAGAGAUUGAUACGAUCGACCAGUGCAGGGUCAAAGGUGAGCCUUACACGACAAAACAGAUGUUUAUGGAAGCCUUAAAAGAGAGAAGUAAGGCUCAAGACCUGGAGUUCUACACUGAGAAUUGUAAAAUGAACAACAAGAUAAUCCAACAAGGCGUGUGUGAUGGUGGUUCUCCAGCAGGUCUAACACCAGAUCAAAAAGAAAAAGUUCUUCAGGACAAGUGUGAAGGAGGGAAAGCUCCUAAGCUUAACGCCGAAGUGGUAUCGGACAUAUGCAUAUAUAAGUUAGCUAGCGUAAGCGUGGACCAGAUUAAAACGUUCUUGCUAGCAAAAGCACCAGACAUCACAGUAGAAGACAUCAACGGUGUGACAUGCCCAUCGCUGUCAUAAGCMUGMUCGUUGGCUUAUCCAAAAAGUCAGCAAAUGUAAGAGGAACCACAGACAAUGAUAAUAAAAACACGCAGCAGAUACGUA